GAGGGAGAGACCCGAUGCAAAAAUACGAAGUGAGAGCUCCCAAGACCUAGUUGGGAAUUGAAGCCGAGGAGUUGAUGAUGCCGAGGUCGAGGCAGCACCAUACUCCAUCAUCCCCAUGCCCCCACCUCCUGCUUUGCCACCAUCCCCUCCUCCAACUAUUCUUCUUCUUGCUACCGCUGCUGCCAUCUUUCUCUUCUUCAGCUACAACCCUAUCUACCAAUCGAGAAGUCAUUGCUUUAUACAACUGGAUCAACUCCUCCUCAUCCCUCUCUCCUUCUAAAGCGUUUUCGGACUGGAAAACAUCAGACUCCAGCCCGUGCAACUGGACCCACAUUGCCUGCGACUCCGCCGGCGCGGUCACCUCCAUCGCCAUCCAGUCCGUGCCACUCGCACUCCCCCUCCCCGCCGGCCUCUGCGCCGCCAUCCCCUCCCUCUCCACCCUCGUCGUCUCCGACGCCAACCUCACCGGCUCCAUCCCCCCCGACCUCUCCUCCUGCUCCCGUCUCACCCUCCUUGACCUCAGCUCCAACUCUCUCUCCGGCCUCGUCCCCCCCUCCCUCUCCCGUUUACGUCUUUUGGAAUCCCUUGUUCUUAACUCCAACCAACUCUCCGGCCCCGUCCCCGCGGCGCUCGGCCGCGCUGCUGCACUCCGGCAUCUCCUCCUCUACGACAACCGCCACUCCGGGUCCCUCCCGGACUCCCUCGGCGACCUCUCCCGCCUGGAAUCCCUCCGCGCCGGUGGCAACCGCGAUCUCUCCGGCCCCAUCCCAGCUUCCCUCUCCCGCUGCGCCAACCUCUCCGUCCUCGGCCUCGCUGACACCAAAGUCUCUGGCCCCAUCCCCGCUUCCCUCGGCCGGCUCUCCAAGCUCCAGACCCUCUCCAUCUACACCGCCAUGCUCUCCGGCUCCAUCCCUCCGGAGCUCGGGAACUGCUCCUCUCUCGUCAACCUCUUCCUCUAUGAGAACUCCCUCUCCGGCCCCCUCCCGCCCUCCCUCGGCCGCCUUACCAAGCUCGAACGCCUUCUCUUGUGGCAGAACUCCCUCUCCGGCCCCAUCCCUAACUCCUUCGGCAAUCUCUCCUCGAUACAGACCAUCGACCUCUCCAUCAACUCCAUCUCCGGCGCCAUUCCAGCCUCCCUCGGCAAGCUUUCCGGCCUUCAAGACCUCAUGCUCAGCGACAACAACGUCUCCGGCUCGAUACCGCCGUCGCUCGCCAACCUCACCGCGCUUUCCCAGCUCCAGCUGGACACCAACCAGAUCUCUGGCCUCCUCCCGCCGGAGCUCGGCGCGCUCUCCUCACUCACCGUCCUAUUCGCGUGGCAGAACCAGCUCGAAGGCGCCAUUCCCUCCUCCCUUGCCUCUCUUUCUCAUCUCCAAGCUCUCGACCUCUCCCACAACCACCUCACCGGUCCCAUUCCUCCCGACCUCUUCCUUCUUCCCAACCUCACCAAGUUGCUGCUCUUGUCGAACGAUAUCUCGGGCUCCAUUGCACCGGAGAUCGGCCGCUGCGCCUCGCUUUUUCGUCUCCGCCUCGGCAGCAACCGCAUCAGCGGCGGAAUACCAGCGGAAAUCGGCGGGCUCAAAAGUCUCAACUUUCUCGACCUCGCCGGCAACCGGCUCACGGGCUCCGUCCCCACAGAAAUCGGCAACUGCUCCCAGCUCCAGAUGGUCGACCUCAGCAACAACACUCUCGGCGGCGCCCUCCCCGACUCGCUAUCUUCCAUUACUGGACUGCAGGUGCUCGACGCGUCGCUUAACCAGUUCUCAGGCCCAAUCCCGGAUAGCUUCGGCAAGCUCAGCACGAUGAACAAGCUUGUGCUCGGUGGUAAUUCACUGUCUGGGCCGAUACCGAAGUCGCUCGGCCAGUGUUCGAGCCUCGAAUUGCUGGACCUAAGCAAUAACCAGCUCUCCGGCGGCAUUCCCGACCAGCUCUUCCAGAUCGAGAGCCUCGACAUUGCAUUGAAUCUCAGCAGGAAUUCACUCACCGGACCCAUCCCGGAAAAGAUUUCAGCACUCGACAAGCUAUCAGUGCUGGAUCUUUCUUACAACAUGCUCGACGGCAGCCUGGUCCCGCUUGCCGUGUUGGACAAUUUGGUCUCCCUCAACGUCUCUAAUAACAAUUUCACCGGCUACCUCCCCGAUACCAAGCUCUUCCGCCAGCUCUCAGCCUCCGACCUUGCCGGCAACGACGGGCUCUGCACUCACGGAGGGGACGUGUGCUUUGUGAGCAUGGAUGACAAUGGCCGGCCGAUGAUGACAGAGAAGGAGGAGAGAAAGAGGGUGCACAGGCUUCAGCUUGCAAUUGCCCUGCUGAUCACCGCGACGGUGGCGAUGGUUCUCGGGAUGAUCGCACUUAUAAGAGCGAGAAGGACGGGAGGGAGGAAAGGCGGCGACGGCAAUGACUCAGAGAUGCGCGGAGAGCUGUCGUGGCCAUGGCAGUGCACGCCAUUCCAGAAGCUGAGCUUCUCGGUCGAGCAGGUGGUGCGGAGCCUCGUCGACGCCAAUGUGAUCGGAAAAGGUUGCUCGGGGAUUGUCUACCGUGUCAACAUGGACAAUGGGGAUGUGAUUGCCGUCAAGAAGCUUUGGCCGGCCAGCACCGGAACAGCAGCGCCGGCGAGAAAAGAUGAUGACAAUAGCAACAGGAUCCGGGACUCGUUCUCGGCCGAGGUGCGGACGCUGGGCUCGAUCCGCCACAAGAACAUCGUGCGCUUCCUUGGGUGCUGCUGGAACAGGAGCACGCGGCUGCUCAUGUACGACUACAUGGCAAAUGGGAGCCUCGGCGGCCUGCUUCACGAGCGCAAUGGCUUGUCACUCGAAUGGGACUUGAGGUACCGGAUCAUCCUCGGGGCGGCGCAGGGCCUUGCUUACCUUCACCAUGACUGUGUCCCCCCUAUAGUCCACAGGGACAUCAAGGCCAACAACAUCCUUAUCGGACUCGACUUCGAGCCUUACAUCGCCGACUUUGGCCUUGCCAAGCUCGUCGAGGAUGGGGACUUUGCCCGGUCCUCCAAUACCGUCGCCGGAUCCUAUGGCUACAUUGCUCCUGAGUAUGGAUACAUGAUGAAGAUCACAGAGAAGAGCGAUGUGUAUAGCUAUGGCGUGGUGGUGCUGGAAGUGCUGACCAGGAGGCAGCCCAUCGACCCGACGAUCCCCGAUGGGCUGCAUGUGGUGGACUGGGUGAGGCGGAGGAGGAGGAGCAUGGAAGUGCUCGACCCGAGCCUCCGGGGACGGCCAGACUCAGAGGUCGAGGAGAUGCUGCAGGUGCUCGGCGUGGCCCUGCUCUGUGUGAACCCCAACCCAGAUGAGCGGCCGACGAUGAGGGAUGUGGCCGCGAUGCUCAAGGAGAUCCGGCAUGAAAGGGAGGAGUAUGCCAAGGUGGACGUUCUCCUCAAGGGCUCAUCACCAUCCCCGACUAUGGCAAAUGCGACAACCUCGGCGUCGGCUACGUUGCUGUGCCAACAGAGUAGCAUCAACAGCAACAACAGCAAGGAUACCAGCUUCUCUGCUUCCAGUGUCUACUCUUCCUCCAAGGCUAAAUCACCCUUGGACUGCAAGUCUGGCUAUCCUUCCUAA